CCCUCCUUUUCUCCGUGCUUUCAGACAGACUGUUUUGCUGCAGUGAACGGUAGCCGUGGAGAGAGGAAAAGGCAAGAAAAACAAGAAGACAGCGGAGGGCGGAACGAGAACCAAGACAGACAGAUCCAUUGGGACUUUAGCGUGAGCGCCAGCAGGCAUAGACGGGUCCAACACUCCAGAACCGACGGAGCCGAAGGGCAUCACGAGGAGCGCUUAUAACGUAAGCGCUUCGCCGAGCUUCUCCACUUCUCCGCGCCUCGAGAGGACUGUUGACUUUAACGCGCUGGACAGAUGAGCGGGAUGCGCGCGAGUCAGAGUAUGACAUUCCCGGCAUUCCAGCGGGCCACUCUCUGGGCGCUCGCGGCCUUGACGAUGCUUCUGGCGACCUCCGUUCGGAGCAACUUCGUUUUCGAUGAUGACCCCUUCCAGCCAGUGACCCAAGAUGAGACGGUGGCAGUGGGUGGGGUGGUGACCCUGACCUGCAGUGUGAAGGAAAAUGAUAACUCCUCUCUCCAGUGGUCCAACACGGCUCAGCAGACCCUGUACUUUGGAGAAAAGAGAGCACUGAGAGAUAACCGUAUCCAGUUGGUAAAGUCCACGGCCACAGAGCUGAUAAUCACCAUCUCGGAUGUUCAGCUGUCAGAUGAUGGAGAGUACACCUGUUCAAUUUUCACCAUGCCUGUACGGACUGCACGAGCCACAGUUACUGUACUGGCACCAGCCGCUCCUGGUGUUCCAGGUAAGCCGGUGAUAACAGGUUUUGAUGAUGCUGUUGAGGAGGGCGGCAAGUUUACUCUCACCUGCACGAGUUCAGGCAGCAAACCUCCUGCUAAACUACACUGGUACCGCGAUCAAGAGGAGAUACAAGGGCGUCCUGAUGUUGUGGAGUCCAACCCUGAUGAACCGACCUACACAGUAACCAGCGAGCUCACCCUCACUGUCACCAGAAACGAUAACAACGCUCUGAUCGCCUGUGCGGUGGAUCACCCGUCCAUUGCCAAUGGAGACAAGAGGACAGAGCAGCCCCUCAGCGUCUUGUUUUCUCCAAGCAUGUCGAUUCAGCCAGAGAGUGACCUGCCCAGAGAAGGAGAGAAGUUUUUCCUGCAGUGUGUGGGGAACGGAAAUCCAGAGCCGACUGCGUUUGUGUGGCGGAGAAAAGACGCAGAGCUCCCCCCGCUGGCAAAGGUGGAUGGUGCGUUCCUGCGCUUCGAAUCCCUCAACAAGUCGGAUAAUGGUGUUUAUGAGUGCCAGGCUGAUAACGGGAUCGGCAUGGGGGACAUAACGCACACCCUUCUGGUUCAAGAAGCCGGAGUGAAUGCUGCAGACCCUACAGCGAUGUCCACCUCUUCAGGAGUAGACCAUGCUGUGAUUGGUGGAGUAGUUGCUGUCAUUGUCUUCAUCAUGCUUUGUCUCCUCAUCAUCCUCGGCAGAUACCUCAUCAGACACAAAGGUACGUACCUGACUCAUGAAGCGAAAGGUUCCGACGAUGCUCCGGAUGCAGACACGGCCAUCAUUAAUGCUGAGGGUGGCCACUCUGGGGUGGAUGACAAGAAAGAGUACUUCAUUUAGAGAUCCAUCCCUCCGCUCCCUCUUCCUUCACACGCUUCAGUUCACUCAGCCUGACGGGGAAAAACGGGGAUGGCAGAGAGAGAGGAAAUAUGUGAGGAAAAAAAACAAAAACAAGUGUUGACCUGUUCGAACUGAAGGACCUCAAAUAAGCUUCGACACACAGGACAGGGAAGUGAGAGUUACGCACUGGCACGUGGGCUCAUUUUCAAACACACACACACACACACACA